CAUUUUCAGUUCUCGUCGCUGCGAUGCCGGUGGCGCACGUCACGCCUGUCGCCCGCCGACGACGCUGCGUUACCACGAUCGUAGCGUACUUCUUUACCAACUAAUAAAUCAAGCGAACCGAACGAAGUAAACCCUCACGAACAGAUUAUAACUCGAUAUGAGAUAACAGGCUCGCGGCACGACUGCGGUGAUUAAUCACUGAAGUCCGUUCAACUCGAAUGAUCAGAACGGAAGUAUAAUCUCUCUGAUUUCGGUUUAGGUGCGCGUAAUGUAAACAGACAAACAUUGUUGAAGUUUUCCGGAAUCAUUAGUUGACUGGAUUGUAAUCUUAGGUGCAUUGUAUGGACUGAUGCGAGGGAUAAUGUUUGCGUUGGAGAGCAAGGUGUAGCAGUAGUGUGUGCGGGUUGGAUGUGCGCUAGGUAGGACUGCCGCGCGAACGAUGGCUGGUGGACAGUGGACCGCGGGGGUGCUGUGGGCCGUGCUGGCGUCAGUGCUGGCGGACUCCUGGACAGCCUACCAGGAGCAGCCGUGCUGCCGGCCUGUGUCGCAUCACCGCGUCAGACAUCACAGAGAUCAUAUAAGAGAAUUCUCAUGCGGCAGUCUGUUCUACCGCACUUUGUAUUUGAACGAGGAGAGGAACACACUUUACGUUGGUGCUAUGGAUCGUGUAUUCAGAUUAAAUAUGACUGAUAUUAGUCAAUCACAUUGUGAGCGGGACGCGUUAUUGUUGGAGGCGAGUAAUGUGGCGAGGUGUGUGAGCAAGGGCAAAUCAGAGCCCUUUGAGUGCAGGAACCACAUCCGCGUGCUGCAGCCCCUGGGGGACGGCGAGCGGCUCUACGUGUGCGGGACUAAUGCACACAGCCCCAAGGAUUGGGUGGUCUAUUUGAACCUCACGCACCUUCCUCGACAUGAGUACGUGCCGGGCGUAGGGCUAGGGGUGGCGAAGUGUCCUUACGACCCGGCAGACAACAGCACUGCCGUGUGGGUGACGGCAGGCAACCCUGGUGGCCUGCCCACUCUCUACGCGGGAACCAAUGCAGAAUUCACGAAAGCAGAUCCAGUCAUAUUUCGCAAUGAUCUGUACGACUUUCGUACGGGACAGAAGAAGUUUAACUUCAAGCGAACGUUGAAAUACGAUUCGAAGUGGCUUGACAAAACUAAUUUCGUCGGUUCUUUCGACGUCGGCGAGUAUGUCUUCUUCUUCUUCCGCGAAACCGCUGUGGAGUUUAUGAACUGCGGGAAAGCGGUGUACUCGAGAGUUGCAAGAGUCUGUAAACAAGAUACCGGUGGAAAACAUAUAUUAAGCCAGAACUGGGCCACAUAUUUGAAGGCCCGCCUUAAUUGCAGUAUACCCGGAGAGUUCCCCUUCUACUUUGAUGAAAUUCAGAGCGUGUAUCAAAUGCCGGACGAGCCCACAAAGUUUUACGCGGCGUUCACGACGGGCGCCAGCGACGGACUGGUGGGUUCAGCGAUAUGCACCUUCGCUAUGGAUGAUAUCCAAGAAGCAUUCGCUGGGAGAUUUAAAGAACAGGCAUCAUCAAGUUCGGCGUGGCUACCAGUGCUUAGGGCUCGCGUGCCCGUCCCCAGGCCUGGAACUUGCGUCAACAACACCGAAGCUCUCCCCGACAAUGUCCUUAACUUUAUCAGGUCUCAUCCGUUGAUGGAUUCAGCUGUGCGUCAUGAGGGAGACACGCCGGCGUUCUACAAACGGGACUUAGUACUCACUACCCUAGUGGUCGACAGACAGUUUGUUGAUAUGCUAGGCGACGAUAUCACUUACACCGUGUUUUACGCCGGAUCCAGUGCAGGAGAAGUAUACAAGAUAGUGCAGUGGGCAGGGGGUGGGGGCGGUGGGUCGCGUGUGGCGGACGUAUGGCGCGCCGCAGGCGACGAGCCAGUGCGUGCGCUCGCGCUCUCUCGCCGCCUGCACUCGCUCUACCUCGCCACCGACAACCGCCUGCGACAGCUGCCACUGAGAGCCUGCACACACCGAUACGAUAGCUGUGUGCGAUGUGUCUUGGAUCCUUACUGCGGUUGGGACAAAGAAGUGGGAGCUUGCCGUCCAUACAGUCCUGGGUUGCUUCAUGACGCGACAAACUCAACACCUUCAAUAUGCGAGGCGAGUGCGCCUCUAAAGACCGUGAGGGCAGGGUACGGGCAGAGUGUACACCUGGCCGCUUACGGGAAGACACCUGAAGCGCUGAAAGACCAACACGUAAUAUGGUACCACCAUUCUAGGGAGAAAGGACGGUACAAAAUUAAUUAUAAUUGGGACCGGGUCCUACAAACAUCAGAACGAGGUCUGGUGCUGCUGUCGGUGACAGAAUCAGAUCGAGGACGGUACGAGUGUUACUUCGGACCGACAUUAAUCGCCUCUUAUAAUUUGGACAUCGAUAUACAUAGGUGCACACAGCCGAGUAAAUCGCAAGAGUACAAGCAAGUGUACUCCGACUGGUGUCAUGAGUUUGAGAAAUACAAGAGUGCUAUGAAGGCUUGGGAGUCGCGGCAAAUGCAAUGCUCCAAAAGCCUGAAUGCAUCGAGCCAGCAAAACAGUAUGUCCAACGAGAUCGUGGCUUCGCUGCGGUGAUAGGGCACAGCUCGCUAGUGAUUAAUGAACGAUUACACACACCGAGCCACGCUAACGUAAACUAGCCGAUAUUUUGCAGACGCUACCUACCCUCAUACCCUUACUAUGAUAUCACUCCUCGACUAAAACUCCCUUAGAUAUUAAUUUGAAACAAAUUAAGCAGCUUGCAAACAUUUUAAAUCAAUACUUUCCUUAUAUUAGAUUGAGUCCUUUACGAAUUUUUUAAUUGUCAAGUAUAGUUAAAUACAAAGCGACAUCUAUGGCCAUGUUGUCCAAUAAAGAGUGUUCUCACUUAAAUUAAAACUGUCAGCGAAAUGAACAAGCUUAAUUUAGUACGAGUUGAGUGACGAGAAUCAGUAGUAAGGGACUCAAACUAAAAGGGGACGAUAAUGUAGUGAGGGGAUGAUCUGUUAAAAUAGAUUUGUUGUCCGUACCCAAGACUGCAGUGAUGGAUGAAUGACUUCUGUUCAACUUUCUCCAAGUUUUAUUUGUAAACAUAAAAGUAUCGUAUAGUUUAUAUUAGUUCUAAGUAAUCAAGAUUAAAUAAAAUAUUAACGAAAGCGACUGAGUAUAAUAUAGUGAGGACAAUUGUCUCGUCGAAAGUUGUUAGCGCUUCAAUGAACGAGUAGUUUUGCCGUUCGCCUUCGCAAUGAAAUUCUACUGUAAAUAUUAUGUCGAAAAACAAAUUAUAAAGGUGUGAACACACCUAUAUAAAAUGCUGUGAUAUCAGUUCUCAUUGGAUCAUUGUGCUGGCAAAUAAAUUGUACGUUGUGAUAAAAUUAAUUUGCGAAAAGAGUAUUAACAUUUUUAAGUACCACAAAGCACAAAUUUUGAUUGCACCAAUAUUUUACGAAGAUAUUUACAUUUACUCGCAACUUUAUUUAAUAGCUAUGAAAAAUGUGACAGUUCCUUGUGUUAACUAAGUUCAUAAAUAAAGUUUAAGUUUGGUGCAAUCGAUUCGAGAGCCCGUACUUGACAAGUGAAGUACCUAAAACUUAUUUAUAGGAGAGGUCGUGGUCCCAGCUUUGGGAGUGUUUAAAAUAAUGAGCAAUACAAACGCCAACUUAGAUGUAAGAUAUUAUAUUGUAUGACGACAUGCUUAUUUGUACCGUGUCAGCGUGAUGCGUAGACUUGUAGACCAUCAUUUGUUUGUUGCGUUGGAGUAGCGGCUAACUGUUGCGUGUUACAAAACUGUUCCACAUCUAUUAUGCGGUUUUUGUUUCAAAAGGUUGUUAUUGAUUUGUUGCCAUAAAAUGUAAUUUUAGGCCCGACUUCGGACUUUGAAACCGAAUUUAAUAGUUGGUCGUGUUUUCAGUUGAGUUUAUAAUAAUCUCGCUAGAAUAGUGCCUUGUGAAGCAUGCUUACAUUAUAAUAAAAAAAAACUUAUUAAAAAUUUAUUGAGUAGAUAAUAUUUUUGUGUACUGUGUAAAGAAGAUUAAUGAUGAUAGUUGUUAAGCGAUUCAUUCGUAAAAUAAAGCAAUAACGUUCCACUGAAUUAUAGUCACCAGUAUUAUAUUAAAAUGAUCUGCAGAAAGUAGAUAGAGAUUGUAUUUGAGCAAAAUUGUUAGUGUAUAAGAUGUGAAGACGUGCGACUUAUAUGUGGAUGUUACGGCCGCGAGCCCUGAUUAGUUACAGACUACUCUGACUUGUUAUUUAUUGUUGUGCUAGCCAAUGAUUGGGUUCUGUUGGACUACGGAAAGACCAUUAAUUACCCUGAAAUAAUUAUAAACUGCACUUGUGGACCCUGUAAUAUCGCCAGGCGGGAAACGAAUGUCAUUAAUUAUUGUUUGUUGUUAAUGCAGUUCAGGGUUAAACAGUGCAGUGUUAAAGUAGUCUUCUCGUUUAUUUUUAUUACAUGAUUUGUUUAUAAAUUAACGGUAAUUUCAUUACUCAAAUGUUAUUGUAAAAAAAUAUUGUAAAUAAAUAUAAAUGUAGAAGAAACGCUAUGAAAUAUGUUUAUUGUAAAGAUUGUAAUUAAGGUAGAUUGUAAGCGAUUGUUUUAUAAAAGAAACAAGAAAAUAAAUUAUUUUAGAUCUAA